CUCCUUAGAUCUUUGCGGAGAAUAUCUUCCAUCUUGAUCACAAUCGUCACUUUAGGCUUCAUAUAAGGGUACUAUACAAGAUGGCCUACGACCCGCGAUUAGCGGGAGCAGGAACUGCGGCCCAGGAAACCCCGGCACCUCCUUCGCCUACAGAGGCAGCUGUAACGACAGCUACUGCUCCAAGUGAUAGCACUUCAAGCUCAACAGAGAAGACAGAUUCAUACAAGCUGCGCUUCUGCACUGUAUGUGCAUCAAACCAGAACCGCUCGAUGGAGGCUCACCUGCGUCUAUCCACCGCAGCGUCGCCAUUCCCAGUAAUUUCUUUUGGCACGGGUUCUCUAGUCCGCCUCCCAGGCCCCUCCAUCACCCAACCUAAUGUUUAUAAUUUCAACUCAACCUCCUACUCCCAAAUGUACGAUGAGCUCCUUUCCAAAGACGAGCGCCUGUACCGCAAUAACGGCAUCCUAAACAUGCUCGACCGCAACCGCAACGUCAAGUGGGGCCCUGAGCGCUUCCAGGACUGGGGAGGCGUAGUAGACGUCAUCAUCACCUGCGAGGAGCGCUGCUGGGAUGCUGUCGUCGACGAUCUUUUGAACAAGGGCUCCACGCUCAACCGGCCUGUGCACGUGUUCAAUGUGGAUAUCAAGGAUAAUCACGAAGAGGCUCUUGUAGGCGGGAAGGCCAUUUUGGAACUAGCUACGCGGCUGAACGAAGUCGCCACCCAGGAACAAAAGGCUCUGGGCUCAGGUGGAUGGGAGAAUGGGACGGGUGAAGCUCGGAGGAGCUUUGAUGAGAAGGUUCCAGAGGUGCUUGGAGCAUGGCAGGAGAAAUGGCCUAAUCUGCCGGCAUUAUGGACUUUGGCUUGGUUGUAG